AUGCCACGGACCCUGGUGCAGCCGGUGGGGCAGAAGCGCCUCACCAACGUGGCGGUGGUGCGGCUGCGCAAGCACGGCCAGCGCUUCGAGAUCGCGUGCUUCCCCAACAAGGUGCUCUCCUGGCGCUCCCGUGUCGAGAAGGACAUCGACGAGGUGCUCCAGUCCCACACCGUCUACUCCAACGUCUCCAAGGGCGUCCUCGCCAAGUCCAAGGACCUCAUUAAGGCCUUUGGCACUGACGACCAGACCCAAAUCUGCAUCGAGAUUCUGGAGAAAGGGGAGCUCCAGGUCUCCGGCAAGGAGAGGGAGGCGCAGCUCUCCAGCCAGUUCCGUGAUAUCGCCACCAUCGUCAUGGAGAAGACCAUCAACCCGGAGACCCGCCGCCCCUACACCAUCACCAUGAUUGAGCGCCUCAUGCGCGAGAUACACUUCGCUGUUGACCCAAAUCUCACCUCCAAGGAACAGGCUCUUAAGGUUAUCAAGAAGCUCAUAGAACACUUCCCCAUAAAGCGUGCACCACUGAGGGUAUGUGACAUUGAGCUAUCUAUUCUACGCUCAUGUGAGGACCAGCUGAAGGAUGUGCAAGGGAGGGUGGAAGUGCUGCCUGUCUCAGCGCAUGCAGAGGGUGGCCCAUCUGUGGAGCAACAUGACAGUGUCAAAGUGCCACAGGCAGCUCCUGCAAAGGAGCCUGGUGCUGUUGCUCAGAUAAGCGAGACAAUGCAGAAACAGAGCAUUUCUACUGAAAGCCAGGGCAGUGCACAAGGCAAGCCGCAGAGAAGGUGCAGGGAGUGUGAUGUGCUCGUGGAGGACCAGCUAUACAGAGAGCACUGCAAGAGUGGGUGGCACAAGCACAACUACACACGCCACAAGAACAGGCUCCCCCCUCUGAGCCAAGAGGAGUGCAUGGUGGAGAUGGAAUUGGCCGACUCCAAGAAGGACCUUAAAGACUACGAUUUCUGA